ACUACUGCACCAACUUUCACAUUCCUAUCGACAAAGGAACUUUCUUUGUGGACUUCAUUGUUGCACAUAUCACCACUGCUUCAGGGUACAUCUUUCCAUCGUAUCGGAACACCAUAUUACCGAAAUAUCUACUCAAUCAUGCUGCAUUUGAAGUCCAUUCAAACACUACCUGAAACGUGCCGUCGGGCUACCACAUCGCUGAGCUUGAGCCAUGUUGCCAGUAGGAGUUUCUCGAGACAAACGAUCGCAAGUACUAGAACCCAUCGGAGCCUGGACCGGUGUAGAACCGAGUGGACUCGACACCACACACGGCAUAAUCUCUUAACAUCCUCUUUGUCACCACUUUAUCGCCAGUCGACAUGUCGCAGAAGUCUUCAUUCGACUGCAGCACCGCAACAUGGUCCAAUAACGCGACCUGCACCUGGAACAGGGAUCAAGGUCCAUUUCAAAGAUUCUAAGGGCAACUUGAUUAAAACCGUUGAAGCCAACGAAGGCGACGACAUUCUGAGCAUAGCUCAUGAGUAUGAUAUUGAUCUGGAAGGCGCGUGCGAAGGAUCUGUUGCAUGCUCGACAUGCCAUGUAAUUGUGGACCCGGAACAUUACGAUCUUUUGCCUGAACCAGAGGAUGAUGAAAACGACAUGCUUGAUAUGGCAUUCGGUUUGACAGACACGUCGCGACUUGGGUGCCAAGUGAAGUUGGCCCGUGGGCUUGACGGUAUAACUGCGACGUUACCUAGCGCGACGCGGAAUAUGUUCGUGGAUGGUACGUAACUUCGCCAAAAGAAAGAAGCCGACGCACCACUGAUAUGUGCACUCAUCGUGCCAUACACCACAUUGUCUAUAAGAUGUAUGCGCUUGCGGUAAUGACCAUCACUCGGGGUUCUGCAUAGACUUCAACGUCUUCAACUUCCACCGGGAUUGGUGCCUGCUGGGCGUUAGUCGGUGAACAUACCUCGGUCUAUUUCUUCUACCC